AUGUGGCAGCCCCGACAGAUGACGACAAUGCUGGCCGGCUACUCUCGCGUAAAUCAUUCUUCGACCAACCUUCUACCCCGCUGGUUGUCUCUUUUCUUCCGGCUUGGAGAUCGAGAAGCUAGUGACCCGAACGUGGUGUUUGCGGCCAUGUCGCAGCCCCCCGCAACCGCGGCGACCGGCAUCUCCACCCCUCAGGUUGUCCAACAUAGCAUCUCCCACGUAGCAGUCAAGAUCCCGCCAUUUUGGAGCGCGAAUCCGACGGUUUGGUUUUCCCAGGUGGAAUGCCAGUUCCACGUCGCAGGUAUUACCAGCCGAUCCUCCAGGUACUUCCACGUCGCCGCAGCGCUACCUCCCGAAGUGGCCAACGAAGUCACUGACAUUCUUUGUGCCCCGUUGUCCACCGACCCUUACGACACUCUGAAGAAGGCGCUUAUCGAGAGAACAACUGCUUCGGAACGUAAACGUCUGCAGCAACUGCUGUCCGCUGAAGACCUUGGCGACAGGAGGCCAUCCCAACUCCUUCGACACAUGCAGAAUCUCCUUGGAACAAGGGGUUCAACCACUGACGAACCCCUCCUCAAAGAAAUGUUCCUGCAGCGACUACCGCCCACCGUGCAGAUGCUGCUUGCAACCGCUACAAAUCUGCCGAUAGCCGACUUGGCGGCGCACGCCGAUAAGAUCAUGGAAGUGGCUGUCCCCACCAUCGCCUCUGUUAAGUCCUUCGACGCCACUUCGCCCAACGCCAUGCCACCGAUACCAUGUACUAACACGGUCCAUGUCAAACCUAACCAAGGUUUACCUCAAAACGCUCCCGACAUCCUCGAAAACCUACGGCAAUACCACCUGCGGUCAUGCAGACCACCUACGCCAAGCUUUCACUCGCCUACAAGAACAUGGGAUCGUAAUCAACGUUCAGAAAUCAGAAUUCGGCAAGAGAUCAAUAGAAUUCCUCGGCCACUGCAUUUCAACCGACGGCAUAUCACCCCUGCCUGA